GAGAGAGAGAGAGAGAGGUAGAAAGGGAGAGAGGAAAAAAGCCGGCGGGCGUUCGCCUGUUGCGCUUGGCGUCGGGCGGCGCGGACGCAGUGCGGAGCAGAGAUGAGUGGAAAGGGUAGAGCGUGUAUCGCGCGCCGCUCGGACGGCCGCCGCUGCAGGGCCAACAGACGAAGCCGCGGCGGCCGCAAGGGCAGCGCGCCGCGCGCUCACCGCCCCGCCUGGUCGCGCCCGUCGCUGCGCUCGCCCCUCUGCCGCAACGCCCUCGCCGCUGGCCCGUGGCAUGGCUCGGAGUUAAACCGUCGCCCGCCGGGAGCAGCCAGGCGCCCGCCCGUUGCUGCUGCCGCUGUGCUGCUGCUGUAAGAAGCCUGGGAGUCCGGCGUCGCCCUGGAACCGCGGAGCAGCGUUGUCGCAGAGUGCAUACGCCAAGCGACCCGGAGGGGGAGGCUUGGAGUGACGAACACAAGGAUUGGUUCUUCCUCGCCCUCGUCAAUGUUUGUUCUUAUUGCCACCCACUGAUGUCGGGCCAUGGGACCUCUGGCAACAUUGCUGAAGGGACUUGAGUUUUGCUGAUUGAGCGUCAUCGCUGCUGGCUACCCACGCACAACGCUGCAGUGCCCUGGACGGCGAGGUGCACAGGACGGCGCGAUGCGUGCUGCCGCCCUGUGGGCGGCGGCGGCGGCUGCGCUCGUCAGCCUGCUGUCGUCUGCCCUGCUUUUGCAGACGACACUGCUCCUACCAGCCGCUACCCAGGCAUCGGCGAAUUUCGUGCAGCAGAACUUGACGUUCGGUGCCAUCUUUCCGGACACGUCGCUGCUCAGCCAGCAGCGCAAGUACCAGCAGAAGCUGCGCGACGGCGUCUCCUCCAUGACCCGCGGUGGCCGGGGUGGCCUGCGCUUCAUGCAGCUGUUCUCGGUUCACGCCAAGGCGGUCCGCAUGCCACUGCAGCCGACGCCCAAAGACAUUCUGCGUCGGUUGUGCGAAGACCUGCUCCCAGAUGACGUUGUGGCCGUGCUGUACCUGACCAACUCGGCCGUGUUUGGAAGCAACGCGGCCUCGGUGCAGUACGUGCUCCAGCUUCUCGGCUACCUCGGCGUCCCCGUCAUAGCCUGGAACGCCGACAACAUCGCUCUCGACCAGAGGGCGUCCCAGGCGCGAGUCCUGCAGCUGGCGCCAUCUGUGGUUCACCAAGUGGCGGCCAUCUUCGCCAUCCUGGAGCGCUACUCGUGGUACCAGUUCGCCGUUAUCACCACCAAUCUCGGAGGACACGAGGACUUCGUUCGCGCCGUCCGGGACCGGCAGUUGGAGAGCAGUACCCUCAGGGCAAAAUACUCGGUGCUGGAGAUUCGCACCAUUCGCGGCCUGACGCGCCAAGAGUUCCGCCGCCAGCUCGAACCCAUCGCGGCGGGCGAGGCCCGCGUGAUCCUGCUCUUCGCCAGCAAGGACGACUCGCGCGAGCUGUUCGCCGCCGCCUCGCAGCUGGGGAUGACCGGCAAGAACUACGUCUGGAUCGUCACCCAGUCCGUUAUCGGGGCCCACCCGGGAAUCGCGCCGCCCGAGUACCCCGCAGGUCUGCUCGGCAUUCACUACAACACUUCGUUAGCCAAGCUGCACGACGAGAUAGAGCGCGCCGUGCUCGUUCUGGGACACGGCCUCGAGCUGUUCGUGAACGAGCCGGCCAACGCCAACGUGACGCUAGCUCCGGGCCUACGCUGCUACGAAGCCGGAAGAGCCCACUGGGCGCAGGGGGACAACUUCUUCCGUUACCUCCGUAACGUGUCCAUCGAGACAAAGGGCAGUCCCAACAUCGAGUUCCUUCCCGACGGCACGCUCAAAUACGUCGAGUUGGACAUCCUCAACCUUAACAAGGAAGGAUACUGGGACAGAAUCGGAGGCUGGACGCAAAAGGGCAUCGAUAUCAAGGACAUCGUCUGGCCAGGAGAAGAACUGGUUCCGCCAAAAGGAGUCCCGGAGAAAUUCAAUCUAAAGGUGACGUUCAUGGAGGAGCGGCCUUUCCUGAACAUCGGCCAGCCGGACAACGAGACGGGUGAAUGCGAGAGCGGCCGAGCCGUCAAGUGCCGUGUCGUGCCAGAGGCAAUGCUACAAGGGAUCAACGAAACUGCUGCCCGCAAGAACUCCACGUUCUACAAAUGCUGCCUCGGAUUCUGCAUAGACCUCCUGCAAAAGUUCGCCCAAGACUUGGGCUUUACUUACGACAUUCACCGGGUGGAAGACGGCACCUGGGGUGUCAAGGACAACGGAACAUGGAACGGAUUGAUAGCCGAGCUUCUUGACGGCAAGGCUGACAUUGUGGUCACUUCGAUCAAGAUCAACUCUGACCGCCAAAUGGCGGUGGACUUCACGGUGCCCUUCCUUGAGACUGGAAUCGCCAUCGUGGUAGCCAAGCGGACUGGGAUCAUCUCACCUAAGGCCUUUCUCGAACCCUUCGACACUGUGUCGUGGCUGCUCAUCCUGCUGGUGAGCAUCCAGGUGGCCGCAUUUUCCAUCUUUGUCUUCGAGUGGAUGAGCCCCUCCGGCUACGACAUGCGGAUGACUCCUCCCAGAGAGCAUCGGUUCUCGCUGUUCCGCACCUACUGGCUGGUGUGGGCCAUCCUGUUCGGGGCGGCGGUGAACGUGGACUGCCCGCGAGGCUACACAGCCCGCUUCAUGUCCAACGUGUGGGCCAUGUUCGCCGUCGUCUUCCUGGCCAUCUACACGGCCAACCUGGCCGCAUUCAUGAUUACCCGAGAGGAGUACUACAACCUCAUCGGCAUCGAGGACCACCGGCUGCAAAACCCCCAGCAGGUGGAGCCCCCGUUCCGGUUCGGGACCAUCCCGCACGGAAACACGGAGGCCGUGCUUAAGCAGAACAAGCCCAAGAUGUACUCGUACAUGCGGCAAUUCAACCGGUCCACGGUGCUCGAGGGCAUCCGCGCGGUCAAGCGCGGAGAGCUGGACGCCUUCGUGUACGACGCCACCGUGCUGGACUACCUGGUCGGUCAGGACGACGAGUGCCGCCUGCUCACCGUGGGCUCGUGGUAUGCCAUGACGGGAUACGGAUUCGCGCUCCCGAAGAAGUCCAAGUACCUGCAGAUGUUCAACCGACAGAUGAUCGAAUACCGCGAACGCGGGGACCUGGAACGCCUCCAGCGGUUCUGGCUGCAGGGCGCCUGCAAGCCGGACAAGGCGAAGCGCAACGCGAGCAACCCUCUGGACGUGAACCAGUUCAUGAGUGCAUUUCUCCUACUGGGAUGCGGAGUGUUGCUCACCUUGCUGCUGCUGCUCCUGGAGCACGUGUACUUCCGGUACCUCCGCGCCCGGGUGGCCUCGGGGAGCCGGGGACCUUCGGGCCGAUGGCUGGCCCUCAUUUCUCUGAGCAUGGGCAAGUCGCUGAGCUUCCGCGACGCCGUGUACGAGGCUCGGAAGCGACACCGCUGCAGGGACCCCGUGUGCGACACUCAAUUGUGGAAGGUCCGCCACGAGCUCGACCUCGCUCGCAUGCGGGUCAGCCAGCUGGAGGCGCAGCUCGGAAUACGCAGGCCACCAUCGACAGUGCAGGAGCUUCUGCGGUCUCGGGAGGGGACCAACAACCGGGUGACGCCUUUGGAUUCCAGGGGCGGCCCUGUGGCGCUCAUCCAGCGAGAGAUCACGGAGAAGGAGACCGUGUUAUGAUGCCGCAGCAACGGACACGCACACGUGAUAAAAAAGCGCCGCUUGCCAACAACCAUCUAUAUUUGCACAGAGACAGACGAACUUGCGCGGGGAGCCAACAUGGCGCACAGACGUGCCCGUGCAUCCGCGUGGGCGGAGUGGUAGCAGACGACCUCUGGUGGCGAUCACCGCCACCACCAUCGCUGUCGCUUGCAGCGCCACCAGCGGUUCCGCACAGGUCGGCGCGCCGCGCAUGGCACGGCGAAUGGUAUAGUGAGCCUGCGGUAUGCGUGAACGGCUUUGGUCCGUUAUGCGAUUGGAACCUCUAAAGGGAAUGGCAAGAGACCACAGGAAAAGGUGUGCCGGAGAAAUUUUGCACUGCCUUCGUUUGACCGGCGAAUGUUAAACACGUGGUUUGGGUACCUUGUUAUUGUGACUACGCUAAUGUCGUUCGUUUUGUGGGGAACAAAUAAUGUAAAGGGUGCGCGUAGUCACGUUCAGUGGGAAUCAGGCUGAAUGUAUUAACGCCGCGCUGACUGCUACGUUUGACUUUGUUGAACGCGAAGCGUAUGAUGAUGACAGACGUGUGCAGAAGGAACAAAUAGAGACCCACCGGACGAUGAUCGUGGGGACACUGAGGUGUUUGGUUUAUGUAAAUUUGGUCUUAAGAUGAAGCUUUAGCUCAGGGCCAACUCUGAGUCUCCUACACAAAUACUCGUAAAAUGCAGAAACGCUUUUAUGAGACAACCACUGGACUGAUUUGAUCGAAUUUUCUUGCAUUUCCGAAAGGCAUAUUCUAGUGACUCUAUGAAACAUAAUUUUCAUUUAGGGCAUACAAUGUCUUACAAAACGUUCCGGAAAUUGGUGAUUUAAAAAGGAAGUUGAGCAAAAUGUUUAUAAAUUUGUAGUUGUGUAUCAAAAACUUAUACCGCAGCCCUGUAAAUUAAAGUGGACAAAUUUAAUAUAUAAAUUUACACAUUACGUGAGACUGUUGCAAUAUUUAUGAAGGGUUUGCAAAAGUCCUGCUCGCAUAUUAAUGGUAUAUUUCAGAGCAGCCUAUAUUAAAUCACUUGUCUCCUGUUAGCCGUAUUGUUCUGCAAUUUAGAUAAUUGAUACAGUUCUUUUAUUGCUCAGAUCCGGAGUUUCAAAGUUCUCGCACUUGAGUUUUCAUUUCUUUAAUACUGCUAUUUUCGAUUAUUUUUCAAAGGAAAUGUCGGCCUAAAUAAAAGCUAUGCUUUUUACCGUCA